GUUACAAAACAUCUCUAGCAUGUGGCGCCAAUAAUUCCACUACCCUCAAUUAUCAUCACAGUGACCAGUGGAGAGUGCAUACGUGAAGUACUCGCAUUUCUCUCGAAUAGCUCUUACGAAUCGUUGAAAGUGCACUAAUAUGUCGAAGAGACGAGCAACACGGGAAGCUGUUGUGAAAGUACAACUGGUGGAAAGGAUCCCUGUGAAUCUCGAGGAAGAGGUCCGACGAUCAUCUCGACAUGUGUUGGCACCUAAACGCUUUCAACACUCUCCCUCAGCUGAAACACCCAAGAAGAAAACGAGAAUUAAAACGCAGGAUGACAAACACACCCAGAAGAAGACACUGGAUCUUAAGGAAGAGGCUGCUGAAAGUAGUGAUGUGGAGUAUACAUCUAAUGGACAUGGAGGACUUUCACCAUAUGAACUGGAGCGACUGGAGAACAUCAGACAGAACCAAGCCUUCCUGUCUUCUAUCAGCUUAUUCCAGGCCACAGAGGAGCUCAAGGAGCUGACACGGCCAAAGGCGUCACAGAGGGGUCUCAUGAGGUCACAGGCUGCUGCUAAAGAAACGCUGCCAGCUCGCAAAUCCCUGCGUCUCCAAAAUAAAGAGGCAGAGAUCCUGACACUUCCCCCUGAACCCACGGGCAUGCUAAGCCAUAAAGAGUCUACGUCACUCAAAAAGUCUGCUGGCCCUCUGCCCAUGAAUCCACUCAACAUGGAAGAGGGAAGCAAGCUGCCUUCACAACUUCUUGACCUGUGCUCUGAGGACUCGACAGAAGAAAAAAAGGUGGAGCUUGAUGUGAAAGAGUACAGCUCAGCUCUUAAGAACAUGAGGAUAACUGAGGACAGAGUGGCCAAAGUGGUGAAGGAUCGCAUCUUCUCUGCUGCUUUCCACCCCUGCACCAGCAGCCUGUUGAUGGCCGCAGGAGACAAGUGGGGGAAAGUUGGCCUUUGGAAGUUGAGUGGUGACUGGGGUGAUGAUGGCGUGCUGCUCUUUGAGCCUCACACUCGUCCGGUGGGCUGCAUGGCAUUCUCCAGGGCUCAUGCCACACACCUGCUGAGUCUCAGCUAUGACGGAUCUCUACGCUGCAUGGAUGUUGAGAAAGCCGUCUUUGAUGAUGUCUAUGACAUUGACGAUGGCCUGAAAUCCUUUGACUUCAUGUCACAUGAUUGUUCGACACUAGUCGUUGGGAACUGGUAUGGAGAAGUUGCCAUCGUUGACAGGCGCACCCCAGGAAACUCUCACGAGUCCCUCCACUCAUUGGACCCAAAGGUUGUGCGUUGUGUUAGCGUCCAUCCUUUACAGAAGCAGUACUUUGCUGUUGCAGAAAGCAGGGUAGUGAAUAUUUACGACAGCCGAUGUCUGAAGAAGACCAACAGCCAGGCAGUGUCCCAGCUGCAUGGGCACUCUUUAAGCAUAUCCAGCGCUUAUUUCUCCCCUUGCACGGGGAACAGAGUUCUCACUUCCUGUAUGGAUAACCAUAUAAGGAUAUAUGACACAUCUGCAAUGACUACGAAAUCUCCCUUGCUGACAAAAAUCAGACAUGAUAUGCAAACAGGCCGCUGGCUGAGCAAACUAUCAGCAGUUUGGGACCCCAAACGUGAAGACUGCUUUGUGGUGGGAAGCAUGUCAAAGCCUCGGAAGGUGCAGGUGUUCCAUGAAAGUGGCCGGCCCCAGCACUCCUUCAUGGAUGACGAGAACCUCAACACCGUGCUGUCCGUCACUGCUUUCCACCCCACAAGGAACGCCUUACUGGGGGGCAAUUCAUCAGGACGCCUGCAUGUCUUCUCUGACUAAGAUGAAGAUCAAAACAUGACGUACCUCUGGUUGCCUUCAGCAGGGUAGCAGAAUAUCUCGCUGUUGAAAACAAGUGACAAUAUUGUCUCUUGCUUUUUCCUCAUAAUUCUCUUAUUGUAGAUAAGUAACAUACCUGUAUCAACCUAUAUCAACUUACACUUUAUAAGUCACUAAUCAUAUUCAUAGGUAUGUUACAUUCACAGGUAGAGUAUAAACAUUCCUCCCCUGUGAGUUGAUGCAGUGUUAGUAACAAAGUAUAAGAACUUUCUUCCUCACUAUUUACAACAAACUACACCUGCUACAUGUUGCUAUUGCUACAUAGGGUAAGUAGUGUCAGAGUAGGUGUAUUUGAAGAUCGUAAAGAUGUGAUGCAUCCUGCUCUUGUUGGAGAUGCAGUGAAAGGCAUCAAAGCCUCCAAGUUUGAUAAUGUUUAUAAAAAAAUGAUCAGAUCACAUCUCUUCCCCAGUCUGAUGUUUAGUUUGAGCUACAGCCGAACCUCUUGGCACAUAUGUGCAUGCUUCGUUGCUUUGAGCUGCUGCCGCAUGAUUAGCUGUUUGUGUUAACGAGCAGGUGUACCUAAUAAAGUGGCCACUGAGAUUAAAUUAAGCACAAAUGUAGAACACCACUGUAUUCACCCCUUUCAGCCUUGAGCCUACAGUGUGGAUGGGUCUGUAUGAGCAUACAGGAGGACACUGCGCUCUUCUCCAAUUGCAAAACUGCCCAAGGACUGAGUAAACAGUGUUCUGCCUCAAAUUCUGCACUGACUUGAUGUCUGGACUUCAGGAUGAUAAUUUGUUUUGAAGCCACUCCUGUGUAGAUUUGGCUUCAUAUUUGGGUUUGUUGUCUUGCUAGAAAAUAGAUGUCAAGUCACAGUUCACUUGCAGACAGUAGCCAGGUUUUCCUCAGGGAUUUACCUGUGUUUUUAUGCAUUCAUUUCACCCUCUGCCUCAACAAGCUGUCAGGCAAGUUGCAAAGAAGCAUUGCCCACAGCAUGAUGCUGCCACUGCCAGCCUUCGUGCUGGAGAGGAUGUGUUAAUCCUCGUGCAGUGCUUGUACAAUGGUCAAAAAGCUCAGUUUUGGUCCAGUUUUGGAGGCAGUGUACAGCUGUGCUUGAUUGUUGCCUCCUCCUUAUUCGAGGGGAUAAUCAGUGCCUUGGAAAUAAUCUUUUAACACCUGAUGGGAAAUUUUCAAUUACCCAGAUAUGUCAUGUUUGCCAUCUUGUUUUUCGAGAGGAUGUUGAGUAACCAGCUGUUGGACCUUUUCAGAUGGAGGUGUAUUUAAUGUCACUGUGUAGAAUUUCUAUGACACACAAGUGAUCUGUCAUUCAAAUUAUGUCUUCAGUUUUAUACUUCAACUUCACCUAGGUUCUUUCUUGUUGUUCUUUCUGUUAAUCAGAAACCAGCAAUUAAUCGGUUACUAAUUACAGCCAUUGGGACUGAAAAUAAAAAGUGCAAAUGCAACAGUUUGAAAACAUUGUACAGAUACUGAAGGCAGCCAGUGAUCAAGUAUGGGCAUUGAGAAGUUUGCGUUGUUGAUUCUGCUGUUUUCUUAUGUUUACUAUUUGUUACAUUCCGAAUGUCCUAAAGAACCUAAGCAACUUCUAAAAUGAAUCCCUUCAAUAUUUUUUGUUUGUUGUGUCUCUUUUUAUAUGUGCCUUCUGAACCAAAAGA